AUGGUGGAGGUGAAAAUAGAAUAUGAUUGGGAGCCUUUAAGGUGCUCUUCUUGUUGCGUGUUUGGUCAUGAGGAUAACUCAUGUCCAAAGAGGCCUCAGGUCGUUUCGAGUGGGGAGUCUAGUAAGAAAAUUGAUGAUUUUCAGGUUGUGGGUGCAAAGAAGAAGAAAUCUACUAAUCAAGGUCUUCCCAUGAAAAAUCAGAAGCCUAAGGUAGUGUACAGACCAGUUGUAAACCCUAAACCAAUCUCGUCCUUGAAGAAGCCGGUGAACAAUCAGGUAUCACCGUCAAACCCCUUUGAUGCUCUUAAGGGUGAUGAUGGUGGUCAGGGAGGUAGUACUGUGGGUCGUAUAGAGAAGAAGGAGAAAAAGUCGAGUGACAGGCAGGAUUCAGAUGAAGAGGAGGUCGAAGAAGUCUACAAUGAAACUAGGUUGUGCUACUUUCUGUUCGUUUGCUUUGCUUUGCAUGUUCUUGCCGUUUGUUUUCAAUCUUUGUGCAUGGAGAAGAAUCAAGAUAAUAGUUUGGAGGAUUUAGGGUUUCAAUCAUUUUCUGAUAGGUUGCAUGGGGACGUGUUUAUUCGGCAGUCGCCUACAACACAAGAGUUACGAAAUAAACCCAUAAGUCUUGGGAAGGGUUUUGAGGGGAGGCCGACCAAUAUUGAUGAUAAUCCAUUGAUUGCCAGACGAGGUGUGGUUCAGAAUGAUCAGAAGGAUCCAAGGCCGAUCAUUGUUAUUAAUGAAUUGCUAAAGAUUACUACUCCAGUUUCCGCCGCUGUUGAUAGUAAGGCAGAAAACUCAAGUGGAGGAGCUGAGCGAUUAGGAAAGCAAGAAAGGGUCAGCCAAUCGUAUGCAGCAAAACUUGCACCGACUCAGUCAUCUCACAAGGUAAACUUUCGGUAUAUGGAAAACAUUGAGGCUGUUGAUGAUGUUGAUGUAAUGAUUCCUAUUGAGUCUGUCCAGCAAGUUCAAGACAGAUUUGCAAAUGUAUUGUUUGGUUAUUUUCUUGGAAAAAGGUUAGUGUUCCCUGUGGUGGACUACUUCGUUAGAAACAGGUGGGAAAAAUAUGGAAUUCAGAAAUGCAUGAUGAAUGGGAAAGGGUUUUUCUUUUUUAAGUUUAGCUCUAAGGAGGGUAUGGAUAAAGUUCUUCAGGAUGGGCCAUGGCUCAUAAGAAACAUACCGUUAUUCUUGAAAUACUGGUCUCCAAACACGGAACUGAAAAAAGAGGAAUUAAAGAAGAUCCCAGUGUGGGUUAAAAUGCAUGAUGUUCCUUUAGCUGCAUACACCGAAGACGGUCUGAGUUUAAUUGCUUCAAAGAUUGGUGUCCCAAAAGUGCUUGAUAACGAAACAUCUAAAAUGUGUACCGAGUCUUGGGGUAGGAGUGGAUUCGCUAGAGCGAUCAUAGAACUCGAUGCGGAGAAGGAAGCUAAGGAUAACAUUAUGAUUGCCAUUCCGAAUGUAGAGGAUGGAGGUAUCUUAAAGAGCAACAUACGUGUUGAAUAUGAAUGGAAGCCACCUCGGUGCAACACUUGCAAGGUUUUUGGCCACAUAUCUGAGGAAUGCCCGAAGAUAAGUGUUGAAAAGGUAGAUACGGAAAACAAAGGGAAGAAUAAAGUGGAUGAACAAGGUUUUAAAUAUGGUAAUAAUAGGAAGAAAGCUUCAAAACAGCAAUACCAUGUUAAGGAGAAACCAAAAGACGAGGAAGAGUCGGAUGUGGAAGAGGUUAGACUUGCUAUGGAUGAUGGAAUGCCGAACCUUAUGAAAGGAGAUUCGUUCAACAAAACAGGUGCAAGCACACCUGCUGAGAAGGUGAUAGCCGUUUUGGAGUCUCAUGUUAAGGUUGCUAAUUUGGACAAGGUAUGUAAGAAUGUGUUUAGAAAUUGGGAUUGGGCCUCGAAUGGAGCGAUGUGUGCAAAAGGCACUAGAAUUAUUCUGGGGUGGCACAUGGAUAAUAUAGAUGUUAUGGUGGUUGAUGCUAAUAGCCAGGUCAUGCAUACUCAGAUCAUGUUUAAAAACGAUAAAAAGAUGAUUUAUGCAUCGUUUGUCUAUGCUAGUAAUUGUUACAAAGAAAGAAGGCAGCUGUGGGAGUCGCUGAAAAUGCAUAAAGGGCUGGUUAACAACAAUCCUUGGAUUAUUCUAGGCGAUUUUAAUGUUGCUCUUAAUAUAGAAGAUAAAUACAUGGGGAGUUCUAAAGUGAACGCUGUGAUGACUGAAUUUAAGGAUUGUGUAGAAUAUAUGGAAGCUUUUGAUAUUAAUGCAAGCGGAAUUCAUUACACAUGGAACCAGCGAUCUAAAACGGGAGUGGGGAUUCGGAAGAAGUUGGACAGAAUCAUGUCAAAUGUUCACUUUACUGAUGCUUUUCCUGAAGGCCAUGCUGUUUAUUUGCCCUAUGGGGUUUCGGACCAUUGUCCGUGUGUUUUAAAGCUGCCAUCUAGUCAAAAAGCUAAACCAAAACCUUUCAAGUUUACCAAUAUGUUGGUUCAUAAGAAGGAAUUUGUGGAGAUUGUGCAAAGGGGUUGGAACCUUAAUGUGGAUGGUGUUCCAAUGUUUCGAGUUGUGAAAAAACUAAAGGGUUUGAAGCAUGCCUUUAGAUCUCUUCUGCAUAAACAAGGAAACAUCCACAAAAAGGUUGAUGAUCUUAAAAAAGAGCUGGAUAUUCUUCAAAGUAAUCUGGAUAGGGAUCCGAAUAAUAGUCAUAUUAGAGAUUCUGAAUCGGCCUGUUUGAAAAGGUACCACGAAGCUACUCUUGAUGAAGAGAGAUUUUUGAAACAAAAGGCCAAACAAAAAUGGUUGGAGGUGGGUGAUGCUAAUACGGCUUAUUUCCAUAACGUCGUUAAAUGCCGUAACCAUGUUAACAAAAUCCAUUCUAUUAAAGAUGCUGAAGGUAACCAUCAUGAUGGGGAGGGGGUGGCGGAUGCCUUAGUUGACCAAUUCAAAGUUUUUCUUGGUAAUAAAGGGAAUGUUUCUAAGAAGCUGGAUCCGAAUAUCAUCUCAACAAAGCUUAGUAAUCAGGUCGCUAACCAUAUGAGUAGGCGUGUCACUAUUGAAGAGGUAAAGGGUGCUAUAUUUUCUAUUAAUGAGAACAAAUCCCCGGGUCCGGAUGGAUAUACGUCCGAACUUUUUAAAAAAUCAUGGGAGAUCAUCAGUUCUGAUGUUACUAUGGCGGUUCUUGAUUUUUUUGAAUCGGGCAGAUUGCUCCAAGAAAUCAACCACACGUUCUUAGCAUUGAUUCCAAAGGUUGCCACUCCUAGUAUUGUCACGGACUACAGGCCGAUUUCAUGUUGUAAUGUCAUUUACAAAGGUAUAAGCAAGAUCAUCACCAACAGGAUUCUUGAGGGCCUCAAUGAGAUAAUUAGUGAAAACCAAUCGGCUUUUGUCCCGGGGAGAAGAAUUUCGGACAACAUUCUUCUAACUCAAGAACUCAUGCAUAAUUAUCACCGGCAAGUUGGUCCUCCGAGGUGUGCCUUCAAGGUGGACAUUCAGAAGGCCUACGACAUGGGAUUUUCUUCGUGA